GUGUGCGGGUCCUGGUGGACGCCAGGGAGAAGCUGCACAUCCCCUGGGGGGACCCUGCCAACCAGAGCAACGGGGACAAGGUGAUGGCCUUCGACACGCGCGCCGUCACCGUGGUGCAGGGCAUGGUGGAGACCAGCGUCUUUCUGGACUACCUGCCUGCCAUCCGCGCCCUGUGGGCAGACAGCGGCAUCCAGCACGCCUAUGACAGGCGCAGGGAGUUCCAGCUGGGGGAAUCUGUAAAGUAUUUCUUGGACAACUUGGAUAAACUUGGAGAACAAGAUUACCUUCCCUCGCAGCAAGACAUCCUGCUGGCACGAAGGCCCACCAAGGGGAUUCACGAGUACGACUUUGAAAUCAAAAAUGUCCCUUUCAAGAUGGUCGACGUGGGCGGCCAGAGGUCGGAGCGGAAGCGAUGGUUCGAGUGCUUUGACAGUGUCACAUCCAUUUUGUUCCUGGUGUCCUCCAGUGAGUUUGACCAAGUGCUGAUGGAGGACAGACAGACGAAUCGCCUGACGGAGUCCCUGAACAUUUUUGAAACGAUAGUCAACAACCGGGUGUUCAGCAACGUCUCCAUCAUCCUCUUCUUGAACAAAACGGACUUGCUCGAGGAAAAAGUACAGAAAGUCAGCAUCAAAGACUAUUUCCCAGAGUUUGAAGGGGAUCCCCACUGCUUAACAGAUGUGCAGAAAUUCCUGGUGGAUUGUUUUCGCACGAAACGCCGGGACCAGCAGCAGAAGCCGCUGUACCACCACUUCACCACUGCCAUUAACACAGAGAACAUCCGGCUAGUGUUCCGUGACGUUAAAGACACCAUCCUGCACGACAACCUCAAGCAGCUGAUGCUACAGUGAUGUGCAAAAAGACUGCUUUGUUUCAGUAACUCUUGUGUGUUGUUUUUUUUUAACUAGAAGUUUACAGCAGGAGUAGAGAAAUCCAGAUCCUGUCAGACUUCUUGGUAUGUGGCUGAAAGCUGCUGCUGAACACAUUAUUGCCAAUUUCUGCAGAAAUUCAGGCUUAAUCUCUUCCAGUGUAGCUUCAAGUUGACUCAAGUUGUAAUUUUAUAGCAGACCUAUGUCUAAGUUACCUGUAAAGUGGUAAAUUUGACCUUUUACCAACAUGUGUAUUAUCCUAGAAAAUCCAGAAUUCCAAGUCGAAACGUCAAUGAAAUUGUUGCAAUUAUUAGACUGUGGCAGUAAUUUAAGGUGGGGGGGAAGAGAGAGAGAAACUUCUCACAUCUGAUUUCAUUGUGAAGACUGUGAUACCAUAGCUGACUUAUGAUUUCUCAGGUCUGUUUUUGGUUAGAAAUCCCAUCAGAUCCCUUGCUGGAAUCAUCUCUUUGCAGCCCAUUCCUGGGUGUAACCUACUUCCUGCUUGAGUAUAAACCAUGGCAUUGGGAUGGAAUAGGAGAUGCUUCAAAAAUAUGGAAAAUCAGGAGUUUCAGACAUAUCAGGAAGUGCUGAGUGCAGUGAGGAGGGAUUCCUGGUUGGCACAGUGCACAGAUUCACUCCAGAGGUGUCCUGGAGCCAUGGCAAAGCACAGAGCACUCUGAUCAAUCCUCCUGGCGUGCUGGUGUGGGAAGGGGGAGCAAACCCAGCUUUUGGUUUUUACCUUCCCUGAGCAGAUGUUCCCUGUGGGCACCUGUUCUGGAAGCUCUUUACUUAGCACUGCUUUAUUUGAACUCCCUGCCUCCUGUGAGUCAGGAGCAUUUGCUGGUGGGGAGAAGGACCUGCAGACCUAAGUGCCUCCUUGUGUUCUGUCCUCCUCUGGCAUUUUCAGUGGCCUUACCAAUUCCCAGCAGAGGCCUUGUGUAGCUGACACCGUGCAGAUGAAUGUUUAAUUCUGAAAAAAUUCAAAACCUUGUCCCAGCAGAAUGUGCUUGAGCUCAGAGGUUCUUUCUGAGACUUUCCAGUUGGGUCUAAGCAAUCCUAAGUGUACUUGAGCCAAAUAAUGUUGCACAGCAUCUUCCAGAGUGCUGCUUGUGACUGUUUUACCCAAAGUCCUUUUGCAGUUUUGUUUCAUUUCUCAUGAGGAGUUGUUAGCAUUGCCAUGUGAUUAAAAGAAGAAAUUAUAAUAAUAAUAAUAAUGAUGAUGAAAAAUAGUGAAAAUGAAGCAAUCCUGAUGUACCCCACAGCACACUGCAAAAAGAGAGUGAGAUUGUGAUAGAUAAAUCAGUGUCCCUACCACGUUUCCCCCAGGCUGGAGUGGUGUGGGCCCCUGGAAUUGGCCAAUUCCUGUGGAUCAUGCUGGUGGCCAAUCCUUCAAUGUUUCUUUACUGUCAUCCCACGAGCCAGGGGUGACUUGGUGGUGUCACUGCUGGGAGCAGUGGCCCUGCCAGCACAUAGGAAAGCUGCCUGACUCCAGAGCUUAGCCUGUGCUUACUGUGAGUGUAAGGUGAAUUAACAUCUCUGUACCUCGUUCUCCUGGCAGCAGAAGGGGAAUUGUGUAUUUUUGUUUAGUCGGGUGCUUUGAAAGACCUCUAUUUUUUUAUAUCAUCCAGUGAAUAGUCAUAGGUUAGUCUGUGAUUCUGGCCAUCAGGCACUGUUUGGGGAGGAAAGAAUUUCUGAAAAGAGCUUGGGAGAAGUCACAGUGCAGAAUCUAAACAUAAUCCUAAAGUCAGGAUGCAGCACUGAUGUCAGGAGGGUUAAAAGAAUCUUGGAUGGGGAUAUUUAGUGGAGAUUUUGCCUCUACUGGACAUGGAUUAUUUCUGAUUUGGUUAUAUGUGAGCAAUUCAGGAAGGAGGAUGAAGCAGAGACCUCAGGAAAGGCUCUUUCAAGGACUGAGCAACACACCUGUGAUGGGAGCAGAAAUUCUCCUUUGGGCUGUAAAUGCUCCAAGAGCAGACACAAACCUCUGGUGGCCUCCAGGUCCAGUCUUGGAAAGCAGAAAACAAAUUCCUGCCCUUGGAUGUCAGCAGGGGGAGGAGCUGGGUUGGUUUUUCCUUUGCUGACAGGUGUCUUUUCAAAACAGAGACCUCAAUGUCACUAAAGCAGUUGGUUUGGAGAGGUCUGCAGUUGGGGCUCUGGAGGGUGUCAGACCAGAUGAUUGCAGAAAAGACUGAAGGCUGGUAGUGGAUGACAGGGUGAGUACCAGGGAUUGGUCUGAACUAAUUUAUGUGAAGUAUUGAUGAAUUUUUUGUCAAUGGAAGCUGUUAAUUUACUGAAGAUCCUCAAAGCUGAUGUCAGUGUGAGGAGGCAGCCAGGGUCACCAAGGCUGACCUUGGCUGAAGUGGGGGAAAUUCCCCAAAACCCCACAAAAAUCCCUGUUGUGAACCCCUGUUCAGAUCCCUGUCCCUGUGAGCCCCAGGGCUGUAGGAGAGCAGGGGCACCCAGUGCUGGGUCACUUGUGGAGAAAGCACUCUGUGAAUAAUCUCAGGCAGAAAUGAAUUGUUUAAUGAAAUUACUGAGUCCAGUCACUCGGGUUUCCCACUCCCAGUGCUGAGAGGGGUGAGGGAAUGCACCUGCAUGUUUGUUUACAUGGUUCCUGUGUUACCCUACAGCCAAACCCCAAAUCUGCACCCUUGUCCAUCCUCAGGCUCGCUCUUCAUGGCCUCCCUGGGUGGAGCACACCUUGGGCUGUUGUAUUUCCUGUUGGAUUUAUUCCUGCAUCUCAUUUGUGUAUUGCAGGACAUAAAUCUGGUACAAAAGCUGAAGGGUGGAUGCUCUGAGCAGGCUGAGUUUUGUCCUGAAACAACCAGAAUUGCAGUUUGCUGGUGGGAGUGAAGCUUCCUCAUGGAACCCAGUCUGUGGUACAAGGUUGGGGUGUAUGCCUAGUGAAGGUGGGAAAACAGAUAGAAAGUGAAAUGUCCCAGAAAAUCAAGAUUCCCAAAAUUCUUGAGUUCUCUUUGCUGGAGUGAGCUGUGUUGUAAAGAUCACUGACCCUAUGGAGAUAAACCACUGUCCUGUACAAGCUGUACUUGAAGGUGAAAUUGGUGUUUGAGCAACUGUUCCCUGCUGCAGAGUGUUCAGCUGAGAUCAUUGAUACCUAAAAACUGUGGCUGUUCAUCAGGGCUUUAACAAUGUUACUCUUUUUUUAUAUAUAUUGUAUGUGGGAGCAUAAGCCAUCAGUUUGUGUGAAACUUCAGCUUUCUCUAGAAUAACUGCUCUUAAAAAAAAAAAAUCAAAUUGAUCUCAAAGGUGUUUAUGGGGCUUGUUUGUGAGUAGCUUUAAAUUCAGAAAUCCAGCAGUGAUGGGGUGGGUGGGGGUUCCUGGUGGAUCUGAGCAGUCUCUCAUGCCCCAGAACAUCCCUGGCUGUUCUUCUUGCAGAAUAUUCAUUUCCAUUUUCCACUCCUGUUCCGCAUCCUGGGGGUUCCUGGUGGAUCUGAGCUGUCCCCCAUGCCCCAGAACAUCCCUCACUGUUCUUGCAGAAUAUUCAUUUCCAUUUUCCAGCCCCACUCCUGUUCCACAUCCUGGUGGAUCUGAGCAGUCUCUCAUGCCCCAGAACAUCCCUGGCUGUUCUUGCAGAAAGUUCAUUUUCCACAUCCUGGGGGUUCCUGGUGGAUCUGAGCUGUCCCCCAUGCCCCAGAGCAUCCCUGGUUGUUCUUGCAGAAUAUUCAUUUCCAUUUUCCAGCCCCACUCCUGUUCCACGUCCUGGGGAAGUCUCCUGCAAAUGGUUCACCAGUUCACUUUACAGGUCUUGUCUCUCUGAUGGUACCAUAAUGUAGUUUUUAAUUACACAGCAUUGCAAUACAGUGCCAUUUUGCAAUUUCUUUGCGUUGUACUUGAAGAUAAGUUGAAUUGCAGACUAUUUAAAACUGCUUUCCUGCGCUUUCAGUAGCAGUGAGAGCUUACCUUAUGUGAAGCCUUUAUGUAAAAAUAUAUUUUAUAACAACCUCAUAGAUCUUUAACAAGACAAAAUUUGUAUUAGCUUUGUAUAAAUGUUUGUGGCUUACAAUUUUAUAUGUUUAACUUUUUAUAAACUUUCCAGGGACUACUUUUUAUUGUAAAUUUUUUUUUUCCUCUCCUCGCUUUAGUUUAAGAUUGGCAAUAAAUUAUUUCUAAGGGAGAUCUUAGAAGAAGAAGCAUCACUUCUUUUUUAUAAAAUGGUUAAAUCAAUUCAUAGUUUCAAACCUCUUACACUUGCUUGUACAUUGCUGUGUACAUACUCUCCAAAAGUGUUGCCUUUCAGCUAUUAAUAUUUGCCUUGUGUACAAAAGUACUGACGAUGAAUAAACAUAUACAGCCUCA